GUGUCAAAUCAAAAACGCCAAAGUCAAUGUCAAGCUACGGUAAACGUAAAACGCGUUGUUUUCGUGAUUAAUUAUUGUUUUUAAGAGAAAUAUAUAAUAACAAAUAAAAACCAAAAAUGUCAACAGGAAUAGAUCAGAAAGCUUAUUUGCAGAAAUAUUUAACUGGUAAAUCAGCUGAUAAAAAGAAGAAAAAGAAAAAGGCAGUAAAAGGAAAAGGUUUUAAAAUUAUCGACGAUGACAUAGAUCUUACAAAACUACGACCUUUAGACACAGAUGAGUUGGACAUUUUGAACGAAGGUGAGGACGCUCCUCAAAUAGCCGGUAUCAUUGAUGAGAGGCCAGAAGAAAUUAGGAAGUUAGAAGACUUUAAAACAUCUUCAAAAUGGCGAGUAAUCAAUCAGGACGAUGGAUUUAACAGUAAAUUGAAAGUAGAAGAAGUCAAACGCAGUAAUAAAGAAGUUGAGAAAGAAAAUGAAGUUGUUUUUGGGAAAAUGUACAGUGAUUCAGAAAAUGAAAACAAAAACGACUCUGACCCUUCACCACCAAGAAACUUAGAAAGAAAUCAAACACAACAAAGUAAAGGCAACUGCAGUGAUAGCGAUGCUAGUCCACCACGUAAAAAAGAUAAAUCAAAGGAUAAAUAUGAUGAUUCUGAUCCUUCACCACCGAAAAGUUCUAAAAGACAAGUGCAAAAAAGUAGGUCAAAUCAAAGCGAUAAUGAUGCAAGUCCUCCGAGGAAAAAGACCUAUAAACAAGUUUCUAAGUCUUAUGACUCAGAUGCGUCACCUCCAAGGAAAAGAGAAAGAUAUAUUGAUUCAAAUAAACAGUCAUCAUCAGGACAAGAAAAUAAUAAACUAAAAAAAACUAGAAAGCAGAGUCGGUGGGGUGAUUUUGAAGCACAAGAGUAUUUGAGAAGAUCGACAAGUCGAGACAUGUCCCCAAAUAGAUCAAAAGAUAAAUCUAAUGAUAGAUAUACAUCUAAACAAAGAUCACGAAAAGAUUAUGAUUCAGAUCAAUCACCACCUAGAAAAUCAAAACGUCAAACUAAUUCACAGGAUUCAGAUGCAUCUCCUCCUAGAAGAAGAAAAUCACCAAAGAAAAAAAAUGUAGAUAAAUACGAAAAAAACAAAAAGAGAGAUUUAUCACCAAGAAAUAAAAGAGAAAAAAUACAGGAUAGAAAGACAGAGAAGUAUGACAAUGAUUCAGAUGCAUCACCCCCUAGAAGAAACAGAAGUAAGAAUCCUAAUGAAAAAAGGAUAGAAAAGAGGUAUGAAAAUGAUUCAGAUGCAUCACCGCCUAGACGAGAUAGAAGUAAGAAUUAUAAUGAAAGAAGGAUAGAAAAAAGAUAUGAAAAUGAUUCAGAUGCGUCACCACCUAGAAGAGAUAGAAGUAAGAACUAUAAUGAAAGAAGGAUAGAAAAAAGGUAUGAAAGUGAUUCAGAUGCAUCACCACCUAGAAGAGAUAGAAGUAAGAAUCCUAAUGAAAGAAGGAUAGAAAAGAGGUAUGAAAAUGAUUCAGAUGCAUCACCGCCUAGACGAAAUAGAAGUAAGAACAAUGGAAGGGAUUAUAGAAAUGAUGAACCACCGCCAUCAAAUAAGAAAAUGGCAAAAACUUUAGAAGGCAAAAUGGCAGGUUUGCAAGAUGCAAAACAAUUAAAAGAAGAAAAUCAAGCAUUUAGAGUACGCGAAGAUGAGGCUUUUAAGAAUAUGACUGACGAAAUGUCAGGAAGAAAUGCUAAAGCUGUAUCUAGGAAAGGUAAGAGAGAAACAUCAGAAGAAAGACAGAAACAAAGGGAAAAAGCAGAAAGACAAAAAGAAUUGGAUGAAAAAUAUAAGAAAUGGAGUAAAGGUAUAAAACAAAUCGAGGCCCAGCAAGCAGCAGUACAAGAUUUCAUACAUGAGUCAGCCAAACCGCUAGCUCGGUACAAAGACGAUAGAGAUCUAGAAGACAAGUUGAAAGAUAUAGAGAGAGACGGAGAUCCCAUGUUACAGUACAUAAGAGAUAAGAAGAGAGAACGGGGAGAGCUGGGACCAGAAAAACCAACAUAUAAAGGUAAUUUCCCGCCAAACCGGUUCAAUAUUCGACCCGGGUAUAGAUGGGAUGGCGUCGACCGUUCAAACGGAUAUGAGAAAAAAUAUUUCGAUCAAAUCAGCAAAAGAAAAGCACAAGAAGAAGAAAUUUACAAAUGGAGUACUGAAGACCUUUAAAUUAUUUUUAUACAUAUUUUGUUGAUUUAAUGUUAAUAGUAGAUAAACUAGUAUUAAAAUGUUUUAAUAUUA